GAAAUAUCUCGUUCUAAUAUUUAGGAAAAAACUAGGAAACGUAGGUAAACGUAGAGUGCAUACGCGUGUUACAAUUGUGCACGCGCGUUGCCUGUAGAGACAGAAAUGGAUCAUGGUAGGAGUGUCCAUGGGCUGAAAAAGAUGGGAUGAGAGGAGAGGGGCAAUUGUCGGGGUAGCGAGAAGAGCAAUGGGAUGCGCAAGCCAGAAUAUCGGUAUAGGUUUAUCCACAACGUGGUCCGUUGAUCGUUCGGGACCGUUCGUUUCUUACGUUGCACGAUCGACGUGUCGGCCAGCAGAAUUAGCUUCGAUUUAAAGGAUCGAUCGACGGAUAGGAAAUCUUUUCGAUAACGAUUCUCGUUUAUCAGACCGAGCGGCUUCGAAGAAUAAAAGGAAUUUAUUAGAUUUCUAUCAGUUUUAGUGAUUUUUUACCGUUCCGAUUACAUCAUUCCAGCAGAAGUGUACGCUCUGUCAAUCGUACCGUAUGAUAGUGCGCGCUCACGCCUGUCACUCUAUAUUCUACUAUACUGACAGCACAGCGAGAGAAUCAUCGCUUGACUACAGCACGAGAUGUUCAGUUGGUUAAGUCGGGAAGAGACUGGAAAGCAAGACCUCUUUGAAAAUGUCACGGAAGGUCUUAAAAAAAUAUACAAAUCCAAGCUACUACCUCUCGAGCAGCACUAUCAGUUCCAUGACUUUCAUUCACCACAACUCGACGAUCCGGAUUUCGAUGCCAAACCUAUGAUCCUCUUGGUGGGUCAAUAUUCUACCGGCAAAACUACCUUCAUCAAGUAUUUGCUAGAAAGAGAAUUUCCUGGAAUAAGAAUUGGUCCUGAACCAACGACAGAUCGCUUCAUUGCAGUUAUGUACGAUGAGAAAGAAGGUGUGAUUCCUGGGAACGCGUUAGUUGUCGAUCCAAACAAACAGUUCAGACCGCUUUCCAGAUUUGGAAACGCGUUCCUGAAUAGAUUUCAAUGUUCCACCGUUGCGUCUCCUGUUUUGAAAGGGAUAUCUAUAGUGGACACGCCUGGUAUCUUGUCCGGCGAGAAACAAAGAGUUGACCGAGGUUACGACUUCACCGGAGUUUUGGAAUGGUUCGCCGAACGAGUAGACAGAAUAAUAUUGUUGUUCGACGCGCAUAAGCUCGAUAUUUCUGAUGAAUUUAGAAGAUCCAUCGAAGCGUUGCGCGGGCACGAUGAUAAAAUUAGGAUCGUACUCAAUAAAGCCGAUAUGAUUGAUCACCAACAACUGAUGAGAGUAUACGGAGCGUUAAUGUGGUCUCUAGGAAAAGUUCUACAAACUCCAGAAGUGGCUAGGGUAUACAUCGGAUCGUUUUGGGACCAGCCUUUGAGAUACGAUGUGAACAAGAGAUUGUUCGAAGACGAGGAACAAGAUUUAUUUAAGGACAUGCAAUCGUUACCGAGAAACGCAGCACUUAGGAAACUCAACGAUUUGAUUAAACGCGCACGGUUGGCAAAGGUACACGCUUACAUAAUCAGCGCUUUAAGGAAGGAUAUGCCCAGUGUCUUUGGUAAAGAUACAAAAAAGAAGGAACUUAUCAAACAUUUAGGCCAAAUUUAUGAUCAGAUACAAAGGGAACAACAAAUUUCACCUGGCGAUUUCCCAGACUUGAAAAAGAUGCAGGAGAGCUUAGCGCAUCAUGAUUUCAAUAAAUUCAAUACUAUAAAACCAAAACUAUUAGAAGUAGUCGAUAAAAUGCUCGCCGAGGAUAUUGCUAAACUCAUGGCUAUGAUACCGCACGAAGAAAUUGGUACGACGUCAGAGUCACUCGUCAAAGGCGGCGCGUUCGAAGGUGUAGAAGACCAAGUAAGCCCGUUCGGAUAUAAACGAGGAGAAGGUAUCGAUGCUGGAGCUGGCGAACCAGAAUGGAUCGUUAACAAGGAAAGAGACAAAUACGAUGCGAUUUUCAAAACGCUUAGUCCUUGCGAUGGAAAAAUUACGGGGGCAGCGGCCAAGUCGGAAAUGGUGAAAUCUAAAUUACCAAAUAGUGUGCUUGGAAAAAUUUGGAAAUUAUCUGAUGUCGGGAAGGAUGGGCUUCUGGACGAAGAUGAAUUUGCCUUAGCGAUGCAUUUAAUUAACGUAAAACUCGGAGGUUACGAUCUUCCAGCUGAAUUGCCGGAACACUUGAUACCACCGUCGAAACGAGACGUAUAAAAAUGAAUACCGAUCGUAUCUAUUCGUCUCUCGUCUCAUCGUUGAUACGUUUGGUACAUACAUUUGGCACGCACAUUACACAAUUGUAUUUAUUGAUUAGCCAAUAAUGCGACUCUAAACACAUUGAUGAACGUUGUCAUUUUGUAAACGUUCUGAAGAAUACACUAUAUUUACGAAUACUACGUCAAUAAAUUAUUUUAUAUCGUU